CGCUAUCAGGGAAUUGACAACAAUUCCCACCGUUGGCCUCUCAGAUAUUGUAAUUGAGAUUCGUGCAAAGUUUGCGAAGAGGCGGAGGGUGACAACUACAGCUCAACAUCCAAGUUCCCAUCAACCGUUAGCAGCCGGCGCCAAGCCACCAUCAUCUAGUUCAAGUGAAAUAGGAAAUUUAUCGAAAUCACCUGACACACAAAAUCAAAGCGAUCCAAAGCCCAGGCAAAUAACUCAGCCCAUACUUAGUUACGACGAAUUUAAAAAAAAGGUAUAUCCACACGCCCGGGGGUCAGUUCUUGUGCCGUUGGCAGUAUAUGAUGUUCCAACUGGUGUCAAACCGUAUGUUCUUCCUGAAGAAGGUGAAAUUACAAAAACAAUUGAAUCCAUGAACGCUAAAAUUGACGUGAAAGGAAAAGGAAAAGCAAAAGCUUAUUGA